UUUAUAAUAUGCCUGCUUAGUGCUUCCCAUGCCCAGAUAGGUUUCUCUCCAUCACCUGCAGGCUAGCAGCCAAAUUUAAUUUUCUGUUUCCUCGGAUGCCCAGUGUACUAAACUUCAUCGGAGCUCAUCUUCUUUUUGACUCGGCCAUGGAGUCGCAGCACCAAAAGAAUACGACACACAAGAAUGUUAAGGUGCAGUGCUCAAACCCUUGUUGUUUCUUUUGCGCCAUGAAUGAGGCAGACCCGUCUCUCAGGAGGGCAGGAAUAGCCAAGUGUUUCAAGGAGAUGCCUCUCAGAGACGAUCAAGAGCACGUCCUGGCAUUGAGUGGGCUCUGGAACAUCGCCAUGACGCAGCCUGAUGACCCGGAAUUUCCGUUGCUCGGCAUCUUUGAAUGCGCUGCAAAUUUAAUCCGCAGGGGGAUCAGUGACAAAGAGUGGCUUCUGAGGGACCAGAACAUCUACAUCCCAUACUAUGCGGCCCAUAUUAUUGGGUCCUACACCAUGAACAAGGUUCAGUUUGCAGAGAGAGCUGUGAAAUCAGGCGUGAUUUCGUCACUGAUGGAGCUUUUGAGAGGAAAAAUGAGUUGGGUCGAGAAAAGAGUGGCAGUUCGGGCACUGGGUCACCUGGCAAGCCAUGAAAGAACCUUCGAAGCCAUUGCUGUGCAUGAAGCUGAGAUAAUACACCAAUCCAUGGAGACAGCUUCCACAUGUCUUGACGAGGUCUACGUUGAAUUCGUAGGCGUGGAACGUACAAGAAGAUUGAAGUACCACUGUGAUUUGCUAACAAGAGGGACUGGAGGAUUGGAGAUUGAGAACAGAAAGGCUGAGGAAUGGGCUAGCCAACUCCAGUGCUGGUCUCUCUAUCUCCUGAACUGCUUUGCAUGCAAAGAAAGAUCUCUGAAUCGCAUCUGUAACAAAGAGUUCUUGAAGAAAUUGUGUGGAAUGUGGGGUGGGUUGGCUAAUGGAUCUUCUCCCGCAGGAAUUGGACUCAUCAGAAAUCUGUGUUACACCAAAACCGGAAGAAGAAACGUGGCAGAUUCAAAGGAAGUGAUAGAGAGCCUCUGCAACACAUCUAGAUCUUCAUAUGAGUGGCAGUACAUGGCCAUUGAUUGUCUUCUCCUAAUUCUCAAGGACCCAGAUACGAGAUAUAAAGUUCUGAAUACUGCGGUUCUGUUCCUCGUUGAUUUGGUUGAACUCAGAAGCCUCAGAGGAAGAACCAAAGUAGGAGAAGCAAUCACACAGACACUACUACAGGAUUAUAAUCAACUCAAAUACGGGAAUCUGGAUUUGAAGAGCAAAAGAGCUGAAGGAACAUUGGAAGAGAUAUGGGAUUUGAAAGUGGAGAGAAAAAAGAGAGAGAAUGUAAUGACAGAAGAGGAGGCUAGAGAGAGAAGAAUCCUGGCGGGCGUGAUGAAACAAGAAGGAAAUCAAUUGUUCUGGUCAGGUGACAUUGAAGCAGCAGUGUUGAAGUACACAGAAGCUUUGGAGUUGUGCCCAUUAAAGAUGAGAAAAGAGAGAGUUGUUCUUCAUAGCAAUAGAGCUCAAUGCCAUCUCCUCCUGAGAGACACAGAAUCCGCCAUUAGCGACUCAACACGAGCUCUGAACCUAUCCAGUGUGGUGAGUCCUCACAGUAAGAGCCUGUGGAGAAGAUCACAGGCCUACGAUAUGAAAGGUUUGGCCAAAGAAAGCUUGAUGGACUGCUUAAUGUUCAUCAAUGAUCGUAUCAAGUCUCUGGACACCAACGGUGUCAAGAUCCCCUACUACGCGGCACGUAUGAUUACCAAGCAGAUGAACACCACGUGGAUUUUCGCAACUGCCAGGUCAAAAAAUUUGAACAAUCAUGGUGUCGAAAAUCAAGAAUGGAACGGGCAUGACCAAGUUGAUGAAACGACAAUGACGACGGAUACAAGGAAGAGGCAGAAGGGCAUUGCUGGUAUGCCCACUAUUGCAGAAGAACCGGUGAUUGGAAUAAUGCAGGGGAGAAAGCUAGAAAGGACAGGACAUAAUAAAAAGAAAGGUCUCAGCGUUAUUGCUAAAUUGACAGGUGCCAAAAUUGGGUGACGGCAUUGAUCCGGUGUUGUUCAGCUUUUAAUUCUUAAAAUUCCUUUGUCAGUAGUAUGUACCGAGAUUUGGAAUGUAUAACCAUUACGGCAAAGGGCCGUUAACCUUCUUUCACCUGGUGGUUGCAUGCCCUUCGCAGCCGCUUUCAGUUGCUCUCUUUUCUCUCCAAGACUUGGAAGCCCUCCAAAGAGACCUAUUCAAAACAACUUAUUGACAGUGAAUCAAAGUUAGAUUUGCGGAAGAUUUUAUCA